AUGAUGGAGUCAACUGGGACUACAGAAUGCUUUGAACGCAGCCAGCAAUGGCGAUUUCAUGACGAAGUCCAAGAAGGUGCAUUCGAGCUGAUCGAGAAUCUUGCAGCGAGCUCGAGCAACAAGAACGCUGAGUACGACAGAACAGUGAGCACUGUAUCUGUCAAAGGAAGCAGUGCUGAAGCGAAGAAGAUUGAGGAACUCACGGCAAGAAACCAUCCGAACAUGUCCUACAGGAGCACCAACGUCGAGAACCCUCAGGAUCAGGUCUAUCCGCCUCGAUCGAACCAGAACCAGCAGAGUUAUCAGAAGAGCUAUCCUAACAGCUUCCAGGAGAAGACCUUUGCCCCAAACCAGAACCGUUCUCAAGGUGGUAACCAACAGAAGGCGCAGUUCAGCAAUCAGCAACAACCUUCAGGUUCAUCGAACAACUCGAACGAUGAGCUUAAGGGUAUGAUGCAGCAGAUGUUGAUGAACCAGCAGAAGUCCACUGCGGAGACACACUUGAAGAUAGACACCAUGUACAACGAUCUGAAUGGGAAGUACGAAGCUGUGUGGACUCAUGUGAAGAAGCUGGAUGUCCAAGUAGCUCAAACCGCUGAAGCAGUGAAGAGACCUCAUGGAACCCUUCCUGGGAAAGGAGAGCGAACCCCAGGAAUGAGUAUGUUGCACAAGUUGAGCUGA